AUGGAAGCCACAGCCCUAGGACACCUUCUCGACGAGAAGAACCACACCCCCUGUCUGAACUGCAAAUCCUCAAGGCUCAUGCAUCUUGCCUUCUGGACCAUAUACCUAAUCUUCUUACGAGCUCUCCAUUUUUUACCUCAGUGCAUCAGCCUCUCACCACAAUGGUUUCAAGCACACAUUACCAAAGUCGAAUCCCGCAUCGUCAACAUCGCUAUCUCAAUCGUUCAGAUAGUCUCCGGCAGAGAGAUAUCCUAUUCCUCCUUCUGCAGGAACAAUUACCGAUCCAGUCGCCAACGAGACGGGGGCUACGAAGGUAGCAUCAUAUCCACAGGGCCAGCCGAUAACCUCAUGACACCUGGCGACAGCUCCCUCGAAACCAACUUCAUCCCUCCGGCAAUGUUCGCCCAUCAGCCGGACAUAGCAUACCUCCGCCCUCAAGCGCCUCUACCUCCUUAUCUUCGUCGCAACUAUGAAAACUCCAGACGGUCGUCAUCAUUGAUAUCGCCCUUACCAUAUGCCAUUCACGCCAACGGUCGUCGACGAAAUAACGCCUUUCAGAUGCAGUCACGCAGCCUUGACCGAGCCGUAUCGCCGGCCCUAUUCGCAGAGCCGAUUCCGCGGAUGCCUGUACCGCCUAUUCCGGCGUUCAUUGCUCGUAUGCCAUUCGUAUCUGUCAGUGACUCUAUCUACUCAUCGUCGUGUUCCACGCAACUCCCGGCUGCGUCGUCUGGGGUUCAGACGUAUAUCGACCUCCUACCCGGACGUUCAUUUGAGGACUCUGAUACAUCUCGUCAGGCGAAUGCUUCUGCUGGGAAUAAUGCUGGAGGUGCAUCGAGUGUUCCUGCCCAUUUUCGACCGGAUGCGCAACACGGUACUCUCGCAGCGGUGGCACAGCAUUAUACGAGGAGGAAUUAUAGAAGGAGCAGGAAUGCCAGAUCGUCUUCUGCGCCGGUACUUCAGAACACCGUAAAGGAUUCGAAGCUAUGA